UCCGAGGUAAUUGUUUGCCUUCACACCCACCUUAGCUACACUCUGCCGUUCUAUGCUCUCUGCUAAAAAAAAUUAUCUUUUUUCAUUUCGUGAUUUACAUGUUCAUCUGGGGAUGAAACUCUCUAUCAUUUUGGAUCUUGAUCUAGGGUAUAAGAAUUUUUAGCUCUGGGGUAUCGGUGAUUGAAACAAUUAGGUGUCUAUAUUCCUUGGUUGGUUGGUGAGGGUGGAAUACAUGUCUGAAUCUGAAAUUUUGUUUGAUUUGGGGGUUUGAGGGAAUUAUAGGACAUGGAUUGUAUAGGGCAUUCUUCUGAAUCAGGGUCUGGAGUGUAUGCUGCUCCAUCAGUAGAGAAUGGAGUUUUUGGUGGAGAUGGGAGGUCCUGUAAGCAAGCUUCCCCUCCAAGGGGUGGUGGGUCUAGGAAUACUAGCCCAAUGGGUCGGGCCGGGUCCAGGAACACGAGCCCUUCGCGGCAGAAGGUUGUUAAGACCAAGCCUAGGGGUUUGGAUGAGGAAACACUCGCCACAUUUGGGAAGGCAGUACAUGCUGAUGUUCAAAUGGAGGAUAAUAUAUGGGCAAUGUUGCCUGAGGACUUGUUGCAUGAGAUCUUAGCUAGGGUUCCCCCCUUUCUGAUUUUCCGGCUUCGAUUGGUUUGUAAACGGUGGAAUUCGCUGCUUCAAGAUAGUAGUUUUCUCAAAUUCCAUUCCAGUGUGCCAUCACAUGGGCCGUGUCUCCUUACCUUCUGGAAGAACACGCAGACCCCGCAGUGUUCAGUCUUCAGCUUGCCGUUGAAAACUUGGUAUAGGAUACCUUUCACAUUCUUGCCACAGUGGGCGUUCUGGUUAGUUGGCUCUUCUGGUGGUCUUGUUUGCUUUUCUGGGCACGAUGGGCUAACUUUUAAGACCCUGGUGUGUAAUCCCCUAACUCAAACUUGGAGGGCAUUGCCUAGCAUGCAUUACAAUCAUCAAAGGCAACUGAUAUUGGUUGUUGAUCGGGUGGAUCGGUCAUUUAAAGUGAUAGCCACGAGUGAUAUUUACGGUGACAAGUCAUUGCCAACUGAAGUUUAUGACUCAAAGACAGACGGUUGGACAGUUCAUCAGAUUAUGCCAGCAGUUAAUCUCUGCUCUUCAAAGAUGGCAUAUUGUGACUCCAGAUUGUACUUGGAAACCCUUUCACCGCUUGGUUUGAUGAUGUAUAGACUAGACACAGGUCACUGGGAACAUAUUCCGGCUAAGUUCCCGCGAUCUUUGCUGGAUGGUUAUUUGGUUGCUGGUACCCAGAAGCGUCUUUUUCUUGUUGGCAGGAUUGGCCUUUAUAGUACUCUACAGAGUAUGAGGAUUUGGGAAUUGGAUCACACCAAAAUUACAUGGGUGGAGAUUAGUAGGAUGCCCCCAAAGUAUUUCCGUGCUUUAUUGAGAUUAUCAGCAGAGAGAUUUGAAUGCUUUGGGCAGGACAAUUUAAUCUGCUUCACGUCUUGGAACCAAGGAAAGGGCCUUCUGUAUGAUGUGGAUAAAAAGAUCUGGUCUUGGAUUGGUGGGUGUGCUCUGCAGUCAUACAACAAUCAAGUUUGUUUCUAUGAGCCAAGGUUUGAUGCUUCUAUCUACUAAGCUAGAGUCUUAUGACAUGAUGUCAGAUGUACAUCAACAUUUACAAAACUGAGGUUUACCAGUGAUUUUCUUCUUGAUGUGUUUACUUUGCAAUGACAUUCUCUCUAACCAUUCAUAAUGUUGUUACCUCCUCACAAUUGGCUGAUUCGUUUAUCAGUUAAAUAUCUUACAAGUUGCAAUGAACAGCAUGCCUGACUAAAUACUGGUUCAGCUCCAUGGACAGAUUUUUGUGAAUGGAAUUGAAGAUGAAACAUAAUGCAAGAGGUAGUGUAACAGUGUGACUGGGAUAUGAAGCUGAUGUACACUGUUGAAGAAAGAUUAUAAACUUCUACAUAAGGGUAUCAAUGUUUUAAAGGGGGUAUGUAGCUGAUGAUGCUCAGGGUACAUUUUUAUGGAUCCAU